AGUAAAAAAAAGCGAUAAAGCACAAACAGUGAUACAAAUCCGAAUAAAAAAACCAUAAAGAAUACACAGAAUAUCAGAAUGUGCUUUUAUUAGUUACUUGAUUAAAAAAACAGUUAAUCUGUAUAAUAAUUAUAUAAUCUUAUCCCACAUCGAGACAUUUUUGAUUUUCAUACAGGCGGAUAGUUGUACAACUAAAUGGAACCGACGUCAGAGGACCCCAAAAGGCAGCGAAUUCAAAAAUUCAAAACAAACCCCAGAUUGUUGUUUUAAGAUGCAAGUGUUUACUCCGAACUAGCUGGCUGUUGCGGACGCAACCCAACUUAUUAAUUAGAUAAACGGGCAUCAAUACAAUGGACGCGGAUGAGGAGCACGACUCGACAGGUAGAAUUAAGUCGGUGGAAAUCCCCAAACCGCCUUCCAUCGAGGAUUUCGUCGUUUUGAAGCCCAUCAGCCGCGGUGCUUUUGGCAAAGUCUACCUUGCGCGGAAGAAGUGCAGUGAGCAAUUAUACGCCAUUAAGGUGAUGAGAAAAGCCGACAUGGUAGACAAAAACAUGACUGGCCAGAUGAAGGCAGAGAGAGACGCCCUCGCUUUGAGCAAAAGCCCUUUCGUGGUUCACCUGUUUUACUCCCUGCAGACUGCAACCAAGAUCUAUCUGUUAAUGGAAUACCUCAUUGGUGGAGAUGUCAAAUCUCUGCUUCACAUCUAUGGCUAUUUCGACCAGGACAUGUCUGUAAAAUAUAUUUCAGAGGUUGCACUGGCUUUGGACUACCUCCACCGCCAUGGUAUAAUCCACAGGGACUUGAAGCCAGAUAACAUGCUUAUAUCCGACAAAGGUCACAUCAAACUGACAGACUUUGGCCUCUCUAAAGUCAAGCUUGACCAUGAGCUGAGUCUUAUGGAUAUCCUCACUACCCCAUCUUUGGCCAAACCCAGACAAGAUUACUCCCGCACCCCGGGUCAAGUCCUCUCCUUGAUCAGCACCAUUGGAUUUAAUUUACCUACAGGAGAAAACAAGCGUCACAGCAGCGCAUCUGCUGUGCCCAGUCCCAUGUCCUGUGGCAAGAUAAAACCGAGGAGUAGCUCGUUCGCUUCUCCCAUGAUGAAGAAAAAAGAUCUCAGUCAGUACUCUCCGCUUCCUCGGAAAACCGGGCCCAAAAGCAUGAUGUUUAGCCCUCACUGCCUGGCUAAAAAUCUGACCCCCUCACUGCUGAAGACCAGGAAGCGGUUUGAGACGAUGAGUGCAGGUAGCACCGACACGGAAGGCGGCAUCAGUCCACUGUGGGAGUGCGAGGAGAAAGAAAACGAACAUGCUAACGAACAGAAGGUGAGACGGCAUUCUGAGUCCAGGCGGCCUGAACAGGAGUCCGCAAAGAUGGCCGCCUUUGGCUUCCGCGACAAGGCCGCCGGCGCUGUGUCGCAGGACCAACGCGCCGAAAACAGGCCUCCCGCAACUCCACUGGAGCCUUUCCCCACAUCUCCGGAUGUAGUUGGCCUCUCGGCCGCGUCAGUGAAGAGAAAGUUCUCCGAAGUCGAGCGAAGCCCCGAGCCCCGGCGGGAGAGCCAAGCCAAGAAGAGCGGCGCGGCCUACACCAGGUGCUGCGAGGUCCCACCGCCGGCGGCCGGGUUCCACACCGGCCUGACCGGGACAUUUUGCACCAUCCAGAUACACGACUUCCUGGCCUCCUCCGAGGGGAUCCCGAAGCGCUCCAGCCCCAUCGCCUGCACCAAGAGCCUUUUCGGCGAGCCGGAGGAGCCGACGCAGGACGUGUUCGACGACGGCGCCAAAGACCUGUCGGGCUUGGGUUCCACUUCGCCGCCCGACGGCAACCACGACGUUUGCAGGAGCUUGAGCCUGGACUCCGACGGCUCGGCGCACGAGACGUCGCUCACCGCCGACGGCCCCGCCUCCUUCGGGCCGAGCAAGUGCUUCGAAAACGGGAACUCCGGGGAGCCGGAGGGGAACAACAACUCGUUCAUGGCCGGGUCGCUGCCGCAAACGCCCCGACCGGGUGCCUUUGGCCGGCGGGGAUCCCAGUGCUCCGCUCAAAAGCCCCACCACGACUUCGCCGGCGUCGGACAGUCGCCGGCGUUCCUCAAGCCGCGGAACAUUGUGGCCUUCCGUAGCUACUGCAGCUCCAUCAACCGCUCCAACGUGUCCGGGGCGUCCCGGUUCAGCGCCGGCUCCAUCGAGGCCAUGGACUUCUCCUACGCGGCCUCCCACCACUCCGCCUCCGGCAUCGUGACGCCGGUGCAGAAAAGGUCGCGAUCCAACGGCUCGAGCUAUCAGACUCCUCAGCCCAUGUCGACCUCUCACACCCCCUUCAGGACCCCAAAGAGCGUCAGGAGGGGUGCGCUGCCCGUCGAGGGCGCACAAAUCUUAGGAACUCCCGACUAUUUGGCUCCGGAGCUCCUCUUGGGAAAACCGCACGACUGCAUGGUGGAUUGGUGGGCGCUUGGUGUGUGUCUUUUUGAGUUCCUCACAGGCGUGCCACCUUUCAACGACGAGACUCCUCAGCUGGUCUUUCACAAUAUUCUCAACAAAGAUAUUCCCUGGCCGGAGGAAGAGGAGGAACUGUGUGUGAACUCAAGAAAUGCGAUUGAAAUUCUUCUGACCGUAGACACGAGAAAACGAGCUGGUCUGAAGGAACUCCAGUGCCACGCCCUGUUCGAGGGCUUGGACUGGGACGACCUGCAGAACCAGCCGAUGCCUUUCAUUCCUCAGCCAGAGGACGAAACCGACACUUCGUACUUUGACGCGAGAAACAGCGCUCAGCACAUCAACGUGUCUGGCUUCAGUCUGUAGAGUCGCUCCCUUCAGCGGCUCAGUUUAAUUCAGGCAGAAGUCGACAACACGUCAAAUUUAUUCCGCGUCUCAUGUUUUUCUUUUUAGGGUCGUAACGUUUUCUUUUCUUUUUUUUUUAACAUUUUACCUGUGCAACCGCCGGUCACAAGAGACAGAAAACUAAAUGUCUUGACCGCUCAGUUAGUUACGAGUAUGCAUUGCAGAAAGUAGUUAUUUUAAAUCUCGUAUUAAUAGCACUAGCGCAGUUGUUUCUUAAAGUAGGUUCUUAUUCUAGCAGGAUAGUAUUUGCUACUGCUUUACCUUCCUAAUAGGCCUUGACGUCUUUUUGCUGUAUUGAUCAAAUGUAAGAUAACUGUAUAUGUUUAUGAAUGGUUAUGGUAAUAUAUUAAUGAUAAUCUAUUUUAUGUGUUUUUGGUUUUAGAGUAGAGUGCGUUCUGCUGCUUUUAUGUUACGUAUGUUGUAAUUUUGAUGUGGUCUUGUGUCCGUCUUCCACACUACAAGUUUUUGACGAAUGAUCUUGUUUGCUCUAGGGAAAAGGUGAAAUGCAAAUAAAAUAUUGUUUGUAACAUGAUCUCAUUUGUACUCGUAUAAAAGUUGUGGCCUUUUAAUGAUUCUGUUCCCUUGCUCAUAGCUUUUAGCCGUGCUAAGCUAACUUUAGCAUUUUUACCGAACAAAAGGCGUUCAGU